AACGUAGGUACUUUUCUUUUCGUUUCCUUUCUUUUCCUCACCAAGGUUUAGCGUGCUAGGCCAGGUGUGCCAGCGAGCUGGGCGCGGACCCAGGCACCAGGGGAUUAGGAAAGGGGGCUGUGGGGCUUGCGUGCAGCGAGCCUUCCAUGUUCACCAAGGAACGAAUGAACGGGGAGGGGGGUUUCCUGGAAGCAACACACCCCCCCUUUCCUCUCCUCUCCCAUUCCUCUUCUGACACGAUUUGGAAGGAUCGUGCACAGUCCCGGUUCCAGCUCCUGAAAAGAAGUCCACUUCCUGUCAUUCCGCUAAAACCUCAAGCGAUUGCACACGGACGUUCCGGGUCAGGAGGAUCAACAUACGCAUCUGUCCAGUGGGGGGGUUUUCUGGUCCCUGAGUUGAAGAGGGGGAAGAAGAGGGGGAGAGAGGAGACUCGUCGAAGUUGAUCUGACCUCAGAUCGGCUGUAGGAACACAAUGUCAGGCAUGCUCAGGGUCGGCCGCGGCGGCGCCGGUAAUUUCAUCAGUCAGAAGGACGUGCAGGAGGCAGAGAGGAAAGCCCAACAGGCCAAUCCCCAAGGUCCUGAGGCCCAGAGACCACCACCCUCGGCUCCAGAGUACCCCCCGGCGCCAGCAGUACCGGAAGCGCCACAGUAUGUCAGGUCCGGGCGUGGCGGCGCAGGCAAUUUCGCCGAUGCCCCGACCAUUGCAGAGUCUCAGGACAGAGAAGCCGUCGUCGACAGAACCAAGGCUGCCGUGACUGCAUCGCAGGCUGGCAAGCCGCGAACGGGACUCACAGGCCGCGGGGGUGCUGGAAAUUGGACCGACAAUACUCCUGCCGCCAGGGACAGCGCUGGGGGAACACAGGCCAAAGAGCACGAGAUUGAGGAGCAAGUUGCUCACGAUAUAGAGGCGACCCUCCCACCACCACCCAAGACAUAUCAUCAACAUGAUCGGGAUAUGGACUGAGGGGACUUUAUCUUUUCUCAAAAGGAAGGGAGAAAACCCGUAAUGAGGAAGCUCAGCAGCUGCCGUGAAGAUGAACAAAGAGAUGCAAAUAAAUGAUACCCAUCGGAACCUAAAUGCUAUCCAACCAUCGGUGUC